AUGGAUGAAGACAUUCUAAGGGUUUGUCUUGUUAAUCGGAUUGAGAGGCUGGGACUGGCAGAGCAUUUCAUGGCGGAGAUAACAAGGAAGUUCUGCUGGUUCCUUCGUGAUGAAGAUAUAAUGGUGUACAUAGAAGAGCACCAAGAAAUUUUUCUGAGUGCCAUGUAUAAUGUAUACAGGGCAACUGAUGUGACCUUUACAGGAGAAAGUCAGCUUGAGGAUGUUAAAAAAUUCUGUAAAAGAAUACUAGAAAAGGAUACAUUAAAAGAUUCUAAGAAUUUGCACGACCAGAUUAAACAUGAAAUUAGUAUUCCAUGGCUUGCUCGGUUGGAUCAUCUGGAGCACAGGAAGUUCAUUGAGAUGAAAGAGCCUGUUGGUCCAUGGAUAGGAAAAGGCUUAUCCUGCAGAUUAUCAUGUCAAACCAAUGCCAUGCUACUACAACUUGCCAGGGAGAAUUACACACUACGGCAGUCCAUGUUCAGAAAUGAAUUAAAGGAAUUAGAAAGGUGGUCAAAAGACAUCGGUCUUGUUGACAUGGGGUUUGCUCGACAGAAAACCGCGUACUGUUAUUUUGCCGUUGCUUCAACAGCAUCACAUUCUUCCCUGUCAUAUGUACGGCUCGCGGUUGUGAAAGCUGCAGUCCUUGUUACAGUUGCUGAUGAUUUUUUUGACAAGGAAGGUUCGAUGAAUGACUUGGAGGCUCUUGCCAAUGCCGUCGCGAGAUGGCAGGAAAAAGAACUGGAUGGACAUGGAAAAGCUAUAUUCAAGGCUCUAAAAGAUUUUGUUGAUGACAUUUCUUGGCAAUUCUUCAAACAAAAUGGAUAUGAUAUAAAGAGUUAUCUUCAGGACCUAGUAAGAUUUUUGGUAAAAUAA